CCGUCUUGUCCGCUCAUCAGCAGCAGAACCCGGAAGACUAGCAGUCCAAUAUGGUUGGCCUUUCUCACACCGCCGCUCGCGUUGUCGUUUCGGCGUGCAAUUUCAUAUCUUGGGUCUCGUCGAUCAUCGUCGUCGGCAUCACAGGCUACCUUAUCAACAACUACACGAAUGACAUGAGACUUAUAUACUGGAUGGUCAUCUCCACAAUGACACUUGCUUUCUGGAUACCGUCCUUUAUACUUCCGUGGCUCAGCCGCGACCGAUACCAUCCCUGGUACUUCCCACUGAAUCUCAUUUUCUCCUAUCUCUGGCUUACGGCCUUCAUCUUCGCGGCUCAGGCCUACAAUCGCGGCCCGUGCCGCUUCGACUCACCCCGUGGCGCCCGCUGUUCCCUCAAGAGAGCGAACGAGGCGUUCAUGUUCAUCCCUUUCUUCUUCAUGUUGGUCGCCGUUGUUGCCGAUUUCUUGGCCAGGGGGGAGGAUCGGCCUACCCGUACACAUCCCGAAAAGGACGUGAGGCCGUCGGCUGACACGAGUGCUACUACAGGCCACGUCUGAAGUGAGCCGGCGCUCGUGUCAGUCCACGGCCGCUGUUUGGAGUGAGCAAUGAAAAAGAGGGCUAAUUUGAACGCCGAAUAUCGCGUCGACGGCGGUUAUGCUAUACAGAAAAGGCAAUCUUCCUUCAGUUGGGUGUCUGUUUUAUGUCGA